CUCGGCCCUCGUCGAGCCCAAUCCUCCAAAUCCCAAUCGAACCCGCCCGCCUCUCCCCCCAAACUCUCGCCCUGCUCGAGCACCUCGCCGCCGCCGGCCGCCGUCCCCGCCCCGCCGGCCGCCAUGGCUCGCAACGAGGAGAAGGCGCAGUCGAUGCUGAAUCGCUUCAUCACGAUGAAGCAGGAGGAGAAGCGCAAGCCCCGCGAGCGCCGGCCGUACCUCGCCUCCGAGUGCCGCGACCUCGCCGACGCCGAGCGCUGGCGCUCCGAGAUCCUCCGCGAGAUCGGCGCCAAGGUCGCCGAGAUCCAGAACGAGGGCCUCGGCGAGCACCGCCUCCGCGACCUCAACGACGAGAUCAACAAGCUCCUCCGCGAGCGCGGCCACUGGGAGCGGCGCAUCGUCGAGCUCGGCGGCCGCGACUACUCCCGCAGCUCCAACGCGCCGCUCAUGACCGACCUCGACGGAAACAUCGUCGCCGUCCCCAACCCCUCCGGCCGCGGGCCGGGGUACCGCUACUUCGGCGCCGCCAGGAAGCUCCCCGGCGUGCGGGAGCUCUUUGACAAGCCGCCCGAGACGCGGAAGCGCCGCACUCGCUACGAGAUCCACAAGCGCAUCAACGCCGGGUACUACGGUUACUAUGACGACGAGGACGGCGUGCUGGAGCGCCUUGAGGCCCCUGCAGAGAAGCGCAUGCGGGAGGAGGUCGUUACAGAGUGGCACCGCGUGGAGCGGGUGCGGCGGGAGGCCAUGAAGGGGGUGAUGAGCGGCGAGGUGGCUGCCGCCGGUGGCCGCGGUGGGGAAGCUGCUAGGGAGGUGCUGUUUGAGGGGGUGGAGGAGGAGGUCGAAGAGGAGAGAAAGCGUGAGGAAGAGAAGAGGGAAAGGGAGAAAGGGGAGGACGCUGGGAGGGAAUUUGUUGCACAUGUGCCGCUACCUGAUGAGAAGGAGAUUGAGCGUAUGGUCUUAGAGAGGAAGAAGAAGGAGCUGCUUAGCAAGUAUGCAAGUGAUACCCUGCUGGUCGAACAGGAGGAGGCCAAGGAGAUGCUCAAUGUGCGACGAUAGAAGAGACGGUUGUCCAAUUGCCACAUUGGUGGGUUCUUCAUGGUUUGAAGCUGAGUGGUGGGCGCUGAAGCCCACAAAGGAACAAUCUUUCAGUGGCUGGCAUCGACACAAACCUAGAAGAUGUCUAAUGUGAAAGACAAGGGGUUUGCCUGAAUUGCAUCAGUAUUUUUAAUCAGCCUGAGUGAUGACUGGUGCCUGGUGGCAGUUUAAUGAAGGCUAAACCAGCGGCAGGCAUGCCGCGUAUAUGGGCACAGUGCACUAUCUGUUAUCAUGCACUUAGCCAUUGGCUACAGACUCAGAAUUUCAGUGAUACAAGAGGAUCUGACGCUAUCUUUAAUUUAGCUCGAUAGGCACUUAGCCAUUGGCUAGACUCAGAAUUUCAGUGAUACAAGAGGAUCUGACGAUAUCUUUCAUUUAGCUCGAUUCGCCCUGUUUACAUCGUAUGCAGUUGAUGCAGAUGUACUCUCUGGAACCUACAUCGUAGGAAAUUUCCGUGAAACAAGAAAAAAUCAGACGUUUAAGUAUUA